AGCCACCACCACCUUUUUCUUUAUUAUAGCCUAGCCUUCACUUUCUCAAUUCUCCACCCUCUAUUCAUUUCCAUUAAAACAAUGCUUCUCUGCAUGCCCUUCAUGAACUAGGCUUCUACUUCUCCAUUUCCAUACGCUGGUAGUGCUUUGUUUUGUUGUUUUUUUUUAAAGAUGGGAAACCAUAGGUUCAAACUUGCAAACAUGAUGCCAAAUGCCUGGUUCUACAAGCUCAAAGACAUGAGCAUGAUCAAGAGAUCAAGUCAGUACAAAGCUCCAAAGCCAUUCCCACAACCAACCAAUUAUAGUACUUUCCAACCAUCAAACAACCAAAGCUUGACGCCAAGCAGAGCUUCAUACUACUUCUCAACCAAAAGAAGAGACUUAGUAAAACUCCCAAGCUCUCCAAUCCAUCCCAAAGCUUCAGACACUCACUUCCCACUAGACCCUCCAAGAAAAUCCAAGAGAAAAACCAAGAGAAGAACUAGUGUACAACCUCCAACCAGUGUCCUCACUAGUUCCAUCUCCAGUACUUGCAGCUGCAGCACAAACUCUCCAACCAGAUUUCAAGAGCUCAAUCUCAAACCAUGCUUAACAAAACCAAAACUUGAAGAAAAGUGCAGCAAAUCUCCACGUCCUCCUUCUCGUCUGAAGUUGCAUGUGAAUUCACCAAGGUUGAGAAUUAUGAACCGUAAGAACCAGGCAGUGCAACAUCAAAGGAAGAGCAUCUCUCAGAGCUUUGCAGUUGUGAAGGCUUCUUCAAAUCCUCAGAAGGAUUUCAGGGACUCAAUGGUGGAGAUGAUCAUUGAAAACAAUAUUCGAGCUUCCAAAGAUCUGGAAGACUUGCUUGCCUGUUAUCUUUCACUCAACUCCGAUGAGUAUCAUGAUGUCAUUGUUAAGGUUUUCGAGCAGAUAUGGUUUGAUCUUACUGACAUCGGAUUGUAAACAUAAUUAAACAUUUUCUUGAACUUAUGUUUGUAUUAAGAUCCUUCUUUAUAAAUAUAAAUAUAUAUGUAUAUGAACUA